UGCUUGCAUGUCAGCAGACUGGGGUAGAUCCUGCUGAAAUCCUAUAGAGAAUUGUUUUGAAUCGGAAAAAUAUCGUUGUUGAAUCGAGAAUCGAUUUAUAAUCGAAUCGUGACCCCAAGAAUCGAUAUUGAAUCGAAUCGUGGGACACCCAAAGAUUCGCAGCCCUACUAUGUGUGUAAUUUAAUAUAAGCCAUUUUGAAAUCAUUCUGUGCCCCAUAGAUGCCACCCUUGCCUGUCCUCCACCAUGUGUGAGAGGAUGACGUUCAAGAUCCCUCGCUGCGCAGUUGUAUUACAUUGUUUUAGAGGGCAACAAAUGCAAAGCGACAUUUUUUUUUUUUAUUGUCAAUUUGCUCUCGGCACCUCCGAGAGAAGACGGGAAGCUUGUUGGCAUGUAGCACGUUUGGCUAGCGUUGGCAGGACGGAGCGGUCUCGCCAAACAACUCGUCGCUGAGUCGCAGCGUGGAAGAAAGCAAAGGUCGCCUGAAAAAUCUUGUUUUUUGUGGAGGAACUCACGCGGUCCGAACGCUAGGCGACAGGCCGCGUAUGGAGCCCGGGACCUCGCGUGAAACUCGGACCGACGCAGGGUGCCAUAAACGGGCGGACAUGCGAGAGAACACGCCGGGGGAGGAGGCGAAAGGCGGGAAUGGCGGCACGGUGAUGCUCAGGCGAAGAGGCGGAGACGAAGCUGUAAUGUUGAAGGAUGAGAAAUGUGAAUAUGGCGGAGAGGUUGAGGACCAGGUGAAACGUGGUGAUGAGGAUGUUGGUAAAUACGAGGAGGAGCUGGACCCGAGAAUUCAGGAGGAACUGGAGCACCUCAACCAGGCCAGCGAUGAGAUCAACAAGCUUGAGCUUCAGUUGGAUGAUGCAAGGUCCAGCUACAGGAAGAUCCUCACAGAUUCUGCCAGGAAGCUGAAUGCUCAGGGUUCCCAGCUGGGUGCCUGCAUUGAAAAAGCGAGACCUUACUACGAAGCACGCAGGUUGGCCAAAGAGGCACAACAGGAGACCCAGAAAGCUGCUCUCAGGUAUGAGAGGGCUGUGUCCAUGCACACUGCUGCCAGAGAGAUGGUGUAUGUAGCAGAGCAAGGACUGUUGGCUGACAGGAACACAAUGGACCCUACCUGGCAAGAGAUGCUCAACCAUGCUACAGCUAAGGUAAACGAGGCUGAGGAGGAACGCUUUCGGAGUGAGCGAGAACACCAGCGGGUCACGCAGCUCUGCCAAGAGGCCGAGGCACGAGUGCAAACCCUCCAAAAAUCACUAAAGAAGGUCAUCCUCAAGUCCAAACCCUACUUUGAGCUAAAGGCUGAAUUCAACCACAUUCUGGAGGAACAUAAGGCCAAAGUUGUGCAACUGGAGGAGCAUGUGUCAAAAGUGAAAACGCGUUAUUCUGUGGCUCUGCGAAACCUUGAACAGAUCAGUGAGCAGAUCCAUGCACAGAGAGGGCGAAUCCAAGUCAGCAGGGGGCGACCAUCUGUAUGCGGUGGACGGAGCUCUCCGGUUGGCGCUGAAGCUGAUAUCAGAGUUGCUGUCGGAGUUCCGCUACAUAGCGUUGUGGGAGCAAGUGGGAUAGAGAGCGACUGGGUUGACAAUGAAAAAACUAGGCUGUGGGUGGAGAAGCACCGGGAGAGCGGUUGGGGCCACAGGGAAAAGCUGGAAGGGGAGCAUGGCGGUUCAGACCGCUUGUCCAUCAUCAGUCUGCAGACCAUUGUUUCGGACCUGGAGAAAUGCGACUCGGUUGAUCACCUUGGUGACCUCAGCGAUGUUGGCAGUGUGCUUGGGGAGGUGUGGGAUUGCAGCAAGAAGAAUACGGUUAAGCCUGGCAAUGUGGUGGAAGUGGCAGACAGACUCCAGCAGGCUAAGACCCACCAGCAGAUAGCAGCUGAUGGCAUAAAGAAGCAGGAGAGCUUCAUCAAGCAGCACCACAGAAGUGUCAGUGUCUAAUGUUUGGACAAAGCUGUUGAAUGAUUAGGAUGAACUUAUUAGUAACUUGAAUGUGGACAAGACAACAACAAAAAAGUUACUAUUUGGUUAACUUGGGGAUUUUUUCCAAUACCUAUUUUUUCCAGUAACACUGUCUCUCAAAGCCCCUUGUGUCCAUUUACACUUAACAGUUACCGUAUUUCUCUGCAAGCACUCUUUUGUUGUAAAUUCAUCUAUCGCGGCACAUGCUUGUAUUCAGGUAGAUGUCACUAUGCUAUGGACAAAAUAUUAAUACAUUGCAUGUAAAACUUAGUACAGGUAUGCCUCAUUGCGCCACCGCACUCAGGCAUACGCAGCCUUCAAACAGGAAAAAUACAGAAAGAAGAUCAUUCAACACAGGAAAAAAAAGGCUCAGAGUAAAUUAUGGACAGCAGAGUAAGAAUAAUGGAAACCAUGAGAGACCAUGAAUGGGGACAUACCUUUACCUGUGGCUGAGCAAAUAAUGCUUGACUGAAGGUGCGCUGACCAGGAAGCAGGCUUGAUGGUAUACAGUACAUACCGUAGAGGACGGCUUGUUUGGCCGGCUGCUUCUGGCAGUUAGUCCGUGGGUGAUAACCGGAGGAGAGUAUAAACAAAGCUUCCAGGGCCCUGCAAAAUGGUCUCCAAACUGGGAACUUCUGCUGGAUGACACACAAGUUUCUGGAAAACGUGAAGAACAAGGGGCUUUGUAAUCUCUGGAAACAGGCAGGAAGUUGGAAAGGACAACAAAGUGAGCCAUGGAAAAUGAUAGAAAGUUGGGACAGGAAAAAAGUGCUGGAGACCGACAGAGGUGCUGAUGGACCCUAAAAUUCCUUGGACUCUCUUUGGAGGGUAGGCCACAAAAAACGUUAUAGAGGCAUGACGGUUCAAGUCACCGCCAAAUGACAGGAGAUCUUUGACAAAUUUCGAAGCGGAUGUCAGGGUCACAAUUCCACUACAGUUUCAAUGAACCAGCAGUGAAAAUGAACUAAUCUCAUAAACCUUUAAAGAUUGUUUUUUAUAUAUCAGAGUAGGCAAGGGGAUAACAGCCAUCUUAGCAGGUUCAGCUCUUAGUUGAGUCCACAAUAAACUCCAAGGAACCUACAGACCCAGCAUUAAAAGAACAUUUCUCGGACUUGACAGAAAGGCGGUUAACCAAAGCCUUUGUAACACGAGCCAAGCAUGCAGUUCCUGAAGUGAAUGAGAGAGCAUAAGAAUGUUAUUGAGCUAAACAAAAACAAAGUGUUUUAACGUGUUUACAUCUCCCUCCUUGAUGAGAACAAUGUUACAUUAUAUGUGCCGCUUAAUCCAGCCUGCUAGUACUUGCACUUUUCAACAAAAAAGAUACCUGCGCCAACCAAGGCUGACCAGUGUUUAAUAAAUAAAACAGAUCUUACGUGUAUUUUUUAAUUAAAAAUUCUCUCUUCUUUUAUCGGGUUUUACAAGAUUCUGCAAGUGUUCUUCAUGAAGUGUUUUUUCAUAUUUAUUAAGAGUCUAUAAAAGAUAGUCAGAUAGGUCAUCUCACAUAACAACAGCAGUAUUGUCAAACAAGGGCAAAUACAGUUAUGUACAGUAGCAAUGCUAUUGAAUGUCAGUAGUAUUUAUUUUAAGCAUAUUCAUCAUACAGUGGUACCUUGACUUACGAAUGCCCUAAUUUACAAGGUUUUCAGGAUACGAGCUGUUUGAGAGUUUGAGAGCAGAAAUUCAGGUUACGAGUAGAGAUGUCCGAUGAUAUCGGACUGGCGAUAUUAUCGGCCGAUAAAUGCUUUAAAAUGUAAUAUCGGAAAUUAUCGGUAUCGGUUUCAAAAAGUAAAAUUUAUGACUUUUUAAAACGCCGCUGUACGGAGUGGUACACGGACGUAGGGAGAAGUACAGAGAGCCAUAAACCUUAAAGGCACCGCCUUUGCAUGCCGGCCCAAUCACAUAAUAUCUACGGCUUUUCACACACACAAGUUAAUGCAAGGCAUACUUGGUCAACAGCCAUACAGGUCACACUGAGGGUGGCCGUAUAAACAACUUUAACACUGUUACAAAUAUACUCCACACUGAGAACUCACACCAAACAACAAUGACAAACACAUUUCGGGAGAACAUCCGCACCGUAACACAACAUAAACACAACAGAACAAAUACCCAGAACCCCUUGCAGCACUAACUCUUCCGGGACGCUACACUAUACACCCCCCGCUACCUCCUACUCUCCCCCAACCCCCACCUCAACCCCGCCCACCUCAACCUCCUCAUGCUCUCUCAGGGAGAGCAUGUCCCAAAUUCCAAGCUGCUGUUUUGAGGCAUGUUAAAAAAAAAAAGCACUUUAUGACUUCAAUAAUAAAUAUUGCAGUGCCAUGUUGGCAUUUUUUUCCAUAGCUUGAUUUGAUUUGUUUUGGAAAACCUUGUUACAUUGUUGAAUGCAUCCAGCAGGGCAUCACAACAAAAUUAGGCAUAAUAGUGUGUUAAUUCCACGACUGUAUAUAUCAGUAUCGGUUGAUAUCGGAAUCGGUAAUUAAGAGUUGGACAAUAUCAGAAUAUCGGAUAUCGGCAAAAAAGCCAUUAUCGGACAUCUCUAGUUACGAGCCUUCCCUCCACUAGUUGGCAUAGCGAAUGUCACAGUCAACCUCGUAAAAUUUUACCAAAACAUCUGUGUCAUCUCAUGUAUUCUCAAACAUCUCAUGUAUUCAUGUGCAUACGCACAAAAACAUGGCGUACACACUUUUUCACGGCAAAGUUGAGAUGUAUCAGGAUUGAACUGAACGUGGAAAGGCCUCAAGCCAACUUCCUGCUUUGGAUACUUUGGUGACACUCAGAGGUGAGGCUGGGUAACUGUUUGAAUAAAGAAAUGUCAAACAAUUACUCCUCAAAAUGACUGAUGUGCACAUUACAGACAUAUGAACAAUGAACAGACCUUCGUGUGUGCAAUUAUACAAAUAGAUAUAGAAGCUUAAAAAAAGUGGUGCAAAAAACACAUAAAAUUAUUGACAUGUUAAAAAACGGCAAAAAACGGCUCAACCACAGUGUGUAAGGUCUGCUCUGGCACACAGCACCAGAAGGACAUCAAACGUGACUUAAAUAGAGAAAAUUAAAGUAAUUAAGUGAACCAGGGGAAGGAUCAGUAUUUUUUUUUAAAAAGAGUAUUGCACCUCCAGUGUGUCCAGUUUCUGGCAAGUUUUACUGGGACCCACGGCGGGAUUUGUCCAGCCAGAGGCCUGCAAAGGCACGGCAAGCUGUGUUUCUGAACAAGAGCCUCAAUCACGUCCCCAAUGCAGAAACAUCCUCCCAACCCUAUUAGUAAUAUAUUAUUGUGUGCAAAUAAAUACAUUGUAUAUAAUGAGGCUAAAACAUGCCAACAGAUUUUAGAGACGUGAUGUCACAACAGAAAGUAGCAACCACUCUAAGAAAGACUGAAGUGACAACCGAAACUAAGAUUUAUCUCUUACUCUCUAAAAACUAUUUGUCUGUACCCAAGAAUAUUUUACCAAUGUUUAAAAAAGACGUGACAAUGAUCGCAAUCAAUUUAUCAUCCCAGCGUACCCUGCAGCUAGGGACCCUCAGCACCUGCACAAACUGCACUUUCUUUGGAAUAUUUGCCUAUUGUUCACAAUCAAUAUGAAAGACAUGCCGACAUUUUUUUGUUUUUUCAAGCAUUCUAACUCGCUUACAGCGGAGACAAUGGGAGGUUCUCUAUUCCGCCCAUAAAACCCAAUAAAUAACCAUUCAAAAACUGACAAAAAUACUAAAUUUACAUUUCGUGACAUGAAUAUUAACCAAGUAUUAGUGAUAUUGUUAUUAUAAGCGCUAACACAGACAAACCAUUUAUGGCGCCGCCGUGAUCAAGAGCUUGGGUGCCAUGAUCUACUGAUGAGCUGCUUCCUCGUUUCCCUGCUCGUCAAACUUUAUUCUAGCUCAUAAAUCAUGCCUCUCAACUCGAUAGUAGAAGAAUGAGCACGCGUUGGUACACUUUGACAGCUCAAUUUAGACCCAAGAAUGGCGAGCACAA